AUGCAGAUAAAUAAGAAGAAAUCACAGCGCAAGACGUAUUUCAUCCUUCGUAGCACCGACUACAAGCCCGACGGCCUGAUCCAACUCGGCCAGCUCAUCGAGGACCCUCGCACUCCUUACCGCCGCUUAGCGCCUCCCAUCAGACCCCUCCCCGCAGAUGCCGUCCAUGUCUCUCUCAAAAACGACUGGUCCCUGGAUAAAUCCAAGGGAGCAGUCGGUGGCAUCGGAAUCUUUGCACAGUUUAUAGCUGUGAUGACGGCGGAGGUGUCAACCCACGUAUCGAGCGAUAUCACACAAUCAUGGACCGCGGCUCAGCUAGAGACGGCAUUUAUUGAACUGGGAGCAGACAAGGAAUCUGACUACGUCACUUCCAGCGUGCAGAAGGCGGCGGUGCAAAAGCGUCUCACGCGCGAGGGUUUCUUCAAGAGAAUGGUCCUCAGCAAGAAGGUGCUGUACAUGAUCACGGGCAUUAAAAUUGCGAGGAGGCCCGGCCAGGUCUCGUACGAGGCGAGCAAGACGACGAGCGUCACCGCAAAGCUGGGCGCAGACCCUGGGACAGGGGGAAUGGUCAUGGCCGGCGUACAGGGCGGUGUGGACCGGUUCAGCAGUUCUGUCGAGAGCAGCACGCCGGAUGACGAUUUCGUGUUCGCCUAUAGAUUGCGCAAAGUUCACGUCAACUUCAGCAGCAACAAGACCCUGCUCAAGAGCGAUGUUUCUGGGGCCGAACUGCAUGGGCACGGUGCUGGGGGAGAUGGUGAAGAUACGAGUUCUGAGGAUGAGAGCGAUGAAGAGGUACCGAAUGAGGUUGCUGUUGAUGUCGAUGAACUUGACACGGUCUUGGUUGAAAAUGAGGACUUUGGACAGUCUUUACCUGCUCGGGACGCCAAGAACGACGGCUUUGACGAGGUUGAUGGUGGCGAAUGCCUAGUCAUCAUUGCAGAAUAG